UCAUCAAGGGCACAAAUGUUUGGAGGGCAAAAAAGUGGACAGCCGGAAGUGGUCACCAAAUAUGGGCGACUCCUAGGAAAACAGAUCAGCGUAGCUGGAGCCGACAGACUUGUGAAUGUUUUCCUUGGAAUUCCUUUUGCAAAACCACCUGUUGGACCUCUUAGGUUUUCCCCACCACAACCACCUGAACCAUGGAGCAAUCUGAGAAAUUCAACUUCCUUCCCACCAAUGUGUCUACAAGACCUGGGGUGGAUAGAAACAUUGAAAAUACUUGAAAAAUUUGAAAAUCCUACCACUGAAAUUUCUGAAGAUUGUUUGUACCUGGAUGUCUACACUCCUGCCUCUUCAAACAAGAAAGCCAAGUUACCUGUUAUGGUGUGGAUUCAUGGAGGAGGUUUCACGCUAGGUGGAGCUUCAGCAUAUGAUGGGUCAGCAUUGACUGCCUAUGAAAAUGUGGUCGUGGUAAUCAUCCAGUAUAGGCUGGGUAUCCUUGGAUUCUUGAGUACUGGUGAUGAAUACAUUCGUGGAAACUGGGGGUUGCUGGAUCAAGUGGCAGCUCUGCAGUGGGUUAAGGAAAACAUUGAUACUUUUGGUGGAGAUUCAGAAUCUGUCACCCUAUUUGGAGAAUCUGCAGGAGGAAUCAGCGUUGGUGCUAAUAUUCUGUCUCCCAUGUCCAAAGGCUUGUUCCACAAAGCCAUAUCACAGAGUGGGGUUGUGAACUUACCUGGUAGUACUAUUUCGAAACCUCAAGCUCUUACUCGCGUAAUUGCUAAUCUAGCUGGCUGUGAGAUGACCAGUUCUGCGAUAGUUAAUUGUUUGAGGAAAAAAACAGAGAAAGAAAUAGUGUCUGUAACUACAGAGGCCCUUAAGCAAAUUGCAUAUUUCCCUCCAGUUGUAGAUGGUGUGUUUUUUCCAAAGGAAGUAGAUGAGCUGCUGGCUGAUAAAGAGUUGAGCACUGUCCCAUAUAUGGUGGGAGUAAAUAAUCAUGAAUACGGCUGGAUUAUUCCAAAUUUAUUGAAAUUCCCGUUAUUACAAGAAAGGAUGCACAGAGAAGACAUUAUUUCAGCAUUACACAAAAUAACAUCACAGUUGAUGCUUCCCGUUGAGUUUCUCUCUUUGGUAGCAGAUGAAUAUUUAGGAGACACAAAUGACCCUGAUGUGCUGCGAGCCCAGUUUCAAGAAAUGAUGGGAGACUUCCUCUUUGUUUUUCCAGCUAUUCAAGUAUCUAGAUACUACAGAGAUUCUGGCGCUUCAGUCUAUUUCUAUGAAUUCCAGCAUCGACCCAGUAUAUUUAAGGAUACUAAACCACACUUUGUAAAGGCAGACCAUGGAGAUGAAAUUGGCUUUGUCUUUGGAAAUCUGUUCAUUUCAGGCAACUCAGUCUUAGUUGGUGAUGGUACGGAGGAAGAGAAACAGCUCAGCCGAAAAAUGAUGAAAUAUUGGGCUAACUUUGCACGGAAUGGAAAUCCUAAUGGCAACGAUUUGGUGGAAUGGCCAGUCUUUGACCUGAAGGAGCAAUACCUGGAAUUUAAUCUAAAGCAAGGGAAAGGACAGAAACUAAAAGAGAAGAGAAUAGAAUUCUGGACAAAAAGCUUAGUUGAGAAACUAAAAACAAUCAAGGACAAGGAAAAACGCACAGAGCUGUAACUGGUAACAUUUUACAAUAGUUCCUUCAGCUUGUCUAAGCAAAAUGCUGAUCUGAUAAUCAUGGUUCAAAUUUUUAAGCCUUGAAUAGGAUCUUAAAGGAUGCCUUAAAGUUGAUCUUAAUGAUAAGAAGGGAAGUGGUGCCAAACCUAAAUGUCCACCCAUUUGUUUCAAAUGUUUACUCCUUUGAAGAUAAAAACUGUCUUUCCUUGUGGAUUAGUAGUAGAGUUAGUGGUGCUGUAGCUAUGAUGAACAAAGUAAUAUGUGAGAAGCAGGGGGUUUUGAUGAUAACUUUCAUUGGACUAACUUCAGAAGCCACUGACCAAUAAACACCAAACGGAACUUAACCAUACCCAAGUAACAAGUGCAAAGUGCAAAACUUAUCAACACCUCUCCAUCACCAGUACAAUCAACACCACCCUGCAGCAAAACCAUCAGAAUCCACAGAUCCUCCACAUGCCUAUCACAGAAAAUGGUGCAUCUCAUCCAGUGCAUCUGAUGCCCCCAUGGAAGCUAUGUGGGUGAAACUAAACUACUACAGCACUCCCAAAUUAAUUCAAAAGGGCAAAAAUAGCCAGUCAGCAAAGGAAAACACUUUUCACGAUCUCUGUACUGAAUGAAAUCUGCAGCAGACCCCCAGAACAUGAACCUGGAAACAAAAAUUCCUAAAUUUACUGGACACUAAAAACCAUAGGCAAUGGCUCAUGAUAAUUUGCCUGGUCUUUAAUUUCUCUAUACUCCGCAGAUAGAAGUGACCCUCUUUGUUUUUGGAUGUUCUUAUUCUUUCACAUAAUUAGGUUAUCUAGUUCAGCUGCCCUUUUACUUGUUUCUAGCAGUUUCUGAUAACUUCUUUGCUCCCAAUUUUUACAGCCCUCUUUCGCUUGUUUAAACUGCUUUCGUUUACAUACUGGAGUUAAACAGAAGUCAGUGUUUUAGCUGGAAUUUAGCUUCGGCACUCUGCUUCUUUUCCAGAUCUGAAGAAGAGCACUUUGUGCCUGAGAACUCAUUUAGAAAGCUACUCCCAAGUAUUCAGUUUGUCCUCUAAAAUAUAUCACCAAAAAACACACCCUUGCGUCUCAAAUUAACACGGCUUCUCAGGAUUGUUAAUGUUCUGACUAAACUCCUUGCACCUACACUGCACUUGGGUCUCUCUUUUAUGCAAGGGUCACGCUUCAAAAAAGCCUUGCAUAAAGCAAAUCCAUUCUUACAUGUCAUUACUAGGGAUGUGUACCAGGCACCUUUUUUUGGUUCAUGGCUGGCUCAGGAGGAGGGUUAGGAGAUGCACUAGAAGGUCACUUAGAUGACAUUUCACUAAAUUCAAUAAUAAAGGUAAGUAGAUGCUUCACAAUACAAGUGCAAGGAGCGUAGCACCACACGGAGCAAUGGACAAUGUGAGACUGAGGCACAUACCUGCCUCACUCGCCCUCCCACAAUGCAUCAUUGGCGUCACUGCAUUGCCGCGUUGCAUGCUUCUUCGCAUAAGAUCAAUUUUUUUUCUCGCACAAGGCAAGUUUCUGGUAUAGAUAAGGUCGUCACAUAUAAGCGAAUUAGCACAAAAUGAAUAGCGACCUGAGUGUAUUUUUAAUGCAACUUUUAUGAUUAAUUUUAUGAGUUUUUUGUAGUUAGUCUACAAAGAUGCAUAACUAAGGAGCUACAAAAAUCGCAAUUGUGCAGUUUUCACAGAAACUGCGAUUUUAGACAGGCUCUGUGAAAAAGCAUGGGCUCCUGGGGGGAAAAAAUCACCAAAAAUACAAUGCUAGCUCUAUCUGGAGAGCCUCAUGGCAGCCCAGCUGGAAGGAGCAAGGGCAGGAUGUCUGCUGCCUCCACCCCUUGCCACUGGUUGGCUGUGAGGGUUGUCUGUUAUGCAGCCCUGCCCCCCUCCACCAAUCAGUGGCAAGAGGCAGGGCCACAUGAUGGACAGCCUUCACAGUCAAUGAGCAGUGAGGGGUGGGGCCAUGUGAUGAGCAGCUAGUCAGCAGCGAGGGGGCAGGGGCACAUGAUGGACAGCCCUUACAGCCAAUCAGUGGCAUGGGGUGGGGUCACCAAAAGCGGGGGGGAGGGCACUGCACUUGGCUUAUGAAAAUGGCUGCCGGCUCUGAGAUCUGCCUGCAAAGUCGGCCUGCCGCCGCCUUGAGUUCAGUAGGCCCCUGUGCAUGUCAGGAGAGAAAAGUAAAAAGGCAACCACACAGAAUCAACCCCCACGGUCAUGUCUGUGGCAUCAGGCAGUAUAGAGCAUCCAAGAAUCGGCGCACAUCUCUGCCGACUCCCAUCUCUCUAGGUUUCCUGGCUUUGUAAUUUGUAUCGCUUCACACCUGGGUGUAACUGCUUUGGGUAGUUUAAAUUAACUUUGUAUCUGAAUAAAUCAACCUGUCCCUAGUUUAAAUUAACUUUGUAUCCGAAUAAACCAAUGUGUCCCUGACUUACAGUG